CUACCAUCCAGUCAAAAUAUUGUCGUCUUUACUUACCAAAUUAAACUGCAUAAUAAUACAAAAUAAAUAUGCUAAAUGGCUCCUACAGUCCUGUCGUCCUCCCGCAGGUUGGUGAGCGUCCUCGGGCAGCACGGUCAGUGCGUGUCGGAGCUGUGUGAGCUGAGCGACGCCUCCUGUUCGCUCGCCGCCCUCGUCAGGCUGCUGCAAUACUACAGCAGCUGGGCUCAGCUCCGGGACACGCUCGUCAGCGGCUGGACUCCGCUGGGUGUGGUGGCGGCGGUUGUCUCUGAUGACUGCUCUCUUUAUUCCCUCAUGCUCAAAGUCCUACCAGCACUGGCCAUGGGAAACUCCGUCAUCGUCGUCCCCGGUCGCAGCAGCGCCCCUCCGGCGCUCCUUUUGGCGCAGCUUUUCACGGGAGCAGGACUUCCUGCUGGGGCUCUUAAUGUUCUGACAGGAAGUGGCAUGCGGCUGGGCGCCGAAGUGGCCCAGAACCGCAACAUCAGCUAUGUCACCUACAGCGGCAACAAGCAGGACGGGGUGACGCUGUGUGAGGCCACUGCAGGGACGGGCGUUCCUGUUUCUGUCUGUUCCAACAUCGGUGCCAGCUGUCCCUUCAUCAUCUUCGAGUCAGCGGACAUUGACAGCGCCGUGGACGGAGUGAUAGAGGCGGCCUUCAAGAAGAAAAGAGAGGUGAUUCAGGACCGG